AAGGCCACCCAUCACCAUAAUUCACUUUAUUCUUCUUCAAACUUUCCUCUUCUAAUUUCUUCCCCCCACCCUUUCCAUAAUAUAUAUUCUACCACUAUGCCGAUUGACGAUACCUCUUCAGUUUCCGGCCAAAUUGUGUGCGUCACCGGCGCCGGAGGCUUCAUUGCUUCAUGGCUUGUAAAGCUUCUUCUUGAGAAGGGAUACACUGUUAGAGGAACUGUUAGAAACCCAGAUGACCAAAAGAAUUCUCAUUUGACAAACCUACAAGGAGCUAAAGACAGGCUUUCUUUGUUUAGUGCUGACCUUCUUGAUUUUGAAAGCCUUCAAGCAGCCAUUACCGGUUGUCAUGGCGUUUUCCACACUGCCUCUCCGGUCACCGACGAUCCUGACAAGGUGGAACAAGCCAUAAUCGGAACAAAGAACGUCAUGACCGCCGCUGCUGAAGCAAACGUUCGACGAGUGGUGUUCACGUCGUCAAUCGGCACCGUCUACAUGAACCCUAACCGAAGCCCAGAUACGGUGGUGGAUGAGUCUUGUUGGAGUGACCUUGAGUUUUGCAAGAACACAAAGAAUUGGUAUUGUUAUGCAAAGACAAAGGCAGAACAAGCAGCCUGGGAAGUAGCAAAAGAAAGAGGAAUUGAUCUUGUAGUGGUGAAUCCAAUGUUGGUAUUGGGGCCAAUGUUGCAGGAAGGAGUGAAUGCAAGUGUUGUUCAUAUGAUGAAAUACUUGACAGGAUCAGCAAAGACAUAUGUAAAUGCAGUACAAGGUUAUGUUGAUGUUAAGGAUGUUGCUAAAGCUCAUGUUUUGGUCUAUGAAACUCCCUCAGCCUCAGGAAGAUAUAUUUGUGUUGAGAGUAUGCUUCAUCGUGGUGAAUUGGUUGAUAUUCUUGCCCAUUUCUUCCCUCAGUAUCCCCUUCCCACCAAGUGUUCUGAUGAGAUAAAUCCAAGAAAGAAACCUUACAAAUACACAGUUGAGAAGCUGAGGUCAUUGGGAAUGGAAUUCACACCAAUUAAACAAUGUAUUUAUGAAACUGUGAAGAGCCUACAAGAAAAGGGUCAUCUUCCACUUCCCUCCCAACUUCAACAUUAAUUUUAUUCCCAUGGCUCUUCACAUUUGGUUUUUAGUUCAAAUGAUGUAUUUUUUUGUGUUCAGAAAAUUAUUUGGGUAAUGAAAAAAUAAUUAUAUUUCAAAGUUUGGUUGUAACUUAAGAAAAUUGUUGUACUCAAAGCAUUAUUGAUUCUUCUUGAUUUCAAAUUUAUAAAUACAAAGAGGGUAUCGAAAUCAUGACAAAAAAA